AGGUAGGAACAGGAGUGUCCGUGGGAGGUUCUUAGGUAAGAAAAGGCAAACAUAAGGGUGUGGUAGGUUUAUCGUUCCCCUCUUAUUCGAGGCACACAUUGAGAUUACUGACAGAGAGGCAACGACCCAAACAACAAGGAUCGUUCGUCCUCCGGUCCAGCUGACGGCGCUGAAGCAACAAUAAACCGGGUCUCUAACCGGCAGUGAACCCGGUAACAGCAGCGACUACCGGCGGAGCAGCGCUGCAGAGGUCUGGAGCAACUUUUAACUUCACCGGUCUGAUUGCGCAAAUAUAUGGUGGAGAAUAAUCCCUUGAGUGGCUGACAACCUCCACUCACUUCACUGGGGAGUCAUAUCAGAUCCCAAGAACACUUUGGCACCAGAGAGAAGAGAUCUACAGUUGAAGAUGGAUGUAACCAACAAGUAAUGUAGUACAAGAGCUGUCAGACUACAUUCACUGCAGAAACAUAUGUUGUUCAGAUCAGAGCUCAAAUUUGUUCAACUUCUGAAGAAGUGAAACUCAGACAGUCAUUACCACUGAAAGCUGAAAUGGAGCAGAAAGGAGGUCAGCUGGAACAAGUAUCCUUUUCUCUUCUCUGUUCGAUCUGUCUGGAUCUACUGAAGGAUCCGGUGACUAUUCCCUGUCGACACAGCUACUGCAUGAGCUGUAUUAAAACACACUGGGAUGAAGAGGAUCAGAGGAAGAUCUACAGCUGCCCUCAGUGCAGACAGACCUUCACACCGAGGCCUGUCCCAGUGAAAAACACCAUGUUAGCAGCUUUAGUGGAGCAGCUGAAGAAGACUGGACUCCAAGCUGCUCCUGCUGAUCAUUGCUUUGCAGGACCUGAAGAUGUGGCCUGUGAUGUCUGCACUGGGAGGAAGCGGAAAGCCCUCAAGUCCUGUUUGACUUGUCCAGCCUCUUACUGUGAGAAUCACCUUCAGCCUCAUUAUGAUGCACCUCCAUUAAAGAAACACAAGCUGGUUAGCCCCUUGGAGAAACUCCAGGAGAACAUCUGCUCUCGUCAUGAUGAGGUAAUGAUGAUGUUCUGUCGCACAGAUCAGCAGAGUAUCUGUUAUCUCUGCCCUGUGGAUGAACAUAAAGGUCACGACACAGUCUCGGCUGCAGCAGAAAGGACUGAGAAGCAGAAAGAGCUCGAGGUGAGUCGACAACAAAUCCAACAGAGAAUCCAGGACAGAGAGAAAGAUGUGAAGCUGCUUCAACAGGAGGUUGAGACCAUCAGUCGCUCUGCUGAUAAAUCAGUGGAGGACAGUGAGAAGAUCUUCACUGAGCUGAUCCAUCUCAUCCAGAAAAGAAGCUCUGAUGUGAAGCAGCAGAUCAGAUCCCAGCAGGAAAAUGAAGUGAGUCGAGUCAAAGAGCUUCAGGAGAAGCUGGAGCAGGAGAUCACUGAGCUGAAGAGGAAAGAUGCUGAACUGAAGCAGUUCUCACACACAGAGGAUAACAACCAGUUUCUACUCAACUACCCCUCACUGUCACAACUCAGUGCAUCUACAAACUCAUCCAGCAUCAAUAUCCGUCCUCUGAGAUACUUUGAGGAUGUGACAGCAGCUGUGUCAGAGCUCAGAGAUCAACUACAGGACAUCCUGAGGGAGAAAUGGACAAACAUCUCACUGGCAGUGACUGAAGUGGAAGUUUUACUUCCAGAUUCAAAAACAGAACCCGAGACCAGAGCUGAGUUCUUAAAAUAUUCAUGUGAAAUCACUCUGGAUCCAAACACAGCACACACACAGUUGUUAUUAACUGAAGGGAACAGAAAUGCAAAACGAGUUAGACAUCAACAGUCCUAUCCUAGUCACCCAGACAGAUUCACUCAUUGGCGUCAGGUCCUGAGUAGAGAGAGUCUGAAUGGACGUUGUUACUGGGAGGUGGAGUGGAAAGGGAAAGAAGUUCGUGUAGCAGUCGCAUACAAGAAUAUCAGCAGAGCAGGAGAGUCCUAUGAAUGUCUGUUUGGGCGUAAUGACAAAUCUUGGAUGUUAUAUUGUGACACUACCAGUUCUUCAUUUUGGUUUAACGAUGUCUUUACUCCAGUCUCACCUCCUCAGUCCUACAGAAUAGGAGUGUACUUGGAUCACAGAGCCGGUAUUUUGUCCUUCUACAAUGUCUCUGAAACCAUGACUCUCCUCCACAGAGUCCAGACCACAUUCACUCAGCCUCUCCACGCUGGACUUCGGCUUGAUCAUUUUAAUGGAGACACAGCUGAGUUCUGUAAACUCAAAUAGACAGAAGUCAUUUCAGACUUCAUGUGUCAGAUUCUGUGAUGUAAUUUUUCAUUUU